ACCAUAGAAUUAGCUUCCAAACUCAAAUCACAUGUCGCCGAAGUCCAUAGUUCCUCUUGUACUCCAGUUUCUCCGCUUGCUUAUAACCCGUAAAACUCUCGUCUCUAUCCACAGAUUCCUCUCCUCGAUUUUUGAACCCGUCAAAAAACUCAUCGGAAUUAUAAUGCCCAAUCAAUCCGAUGACCAAAACUCCGAUCCCCCACCACCACCCUUUGAUCCAUAUAAACCCUCCGUACCCAUCUCCUACCCCAUCAACACCCUUGAAGAACUUGAUUCUGCUUCUUACUUCACUUCUUUUCACUACCCUUUUAAUAAAUCCACCGUUCCUCUCCGACCGCCUAAUUCAGCCUUGCCUCCAAGGCCCAGGCUUUUGGUUUGCCAUGACAUGCAAGGUGGCUACGUGGACGAUAAGUGGGUCCAGAGUGGCGAUAAUUCCGGCGCUUAUGCCAUCUGGCACUGGUAUUUGAUCGAUGUUUUCGUUUAUUUUUCUCAUAAAUUGGUCACCUUGCCUCCUCCUUGUUGGACCAAUACUGCUCAUAGACAUGGGGUUAAGGUAUUGGGGACAUUCAUCACAGAAUGGGAUGAAGGGAAAGCAAUUUGCAAGGAACUGCUUUCGACAGAGGAGUCUGCUCAUAAGUAUGCUGAACGCUUGGCAGAGCUUGCUGUUGCUUUAGGCUUUGAUGGAUGGCUGCUCAAUAUGGAGGUUCAAGUCGAUGUCGGACAAAUCCCUAAUCUGAAAGAAUUUGUUAGCCAUUUAACUCAGACUAUGCAUUCCUUACUUCCUGGAUCUUUGGUCAUAUGGUAUGAUAGUGUGACUAUUGAUGGAGAUCUUAACUGGCAGAAUCGACUGAAUGAAAAGAAUAAGCCUUUCUUUGAUAUUAGUGAUGGAAUCUUUAUUAACUAUACAUGGAAGGAGGACUACCCAAAGCUUUCAGCUACUGUUGCUGGUGAUAGAAAGUUUGAUGUAUAUAUGGGGAUAGAUGUGUUUGGAAGAGGAACAUAUGGUGGCGGUCAAUGGACUACAAAUGUUGCACUUGAUGUGAUAAAGAAGGACGAUGUCUCUGCUGCGCUAUUUGCUCCUGGAUGGAUAUAUGAAACAAAACAACCCCCUGAUUUUCAGACUGCUCAAAAUCGUUGGUGGGAUCUAGUUGAGAAAUCAUGGGGAAUUGUACAAAAUUAUCCUAAAGUAUUACCAUUCUACUCAAAUUUUGAUCAGGAUUCCUCAGGCAUAUAUGUGUGUUUUCUACAUAUUGACUCUCUUGUAAUUUCACAGGGCCAUGGCAAUCAUAUUUCUAUCAAUGGAAGACAAAUAUUAAGCACUCAAUGGAAUAACAUUUCUUCACAAACCUUUCAGCCUUUCCUCAAGUAUGUUGACAAUUUUUCCUCGAACACUAUUGAUGUCCGUGUUGACUUUAAGGAAGCAUCUUUCAGCGGAGGAGGAAACCUCACAUUUAAAGGAACCCUUGAGGCCAAUGCCUAUGUCUCAACCAGACUCUUUUUAGGAGAGCUUGUUAUGGUUGGCUUACCUGUUCAUUUUAUGUAUUCGGUAAAAUCAGAAGGUAACUCUCAAGUGGGUCUUUCCCUUGAAUUCUCUUCUGAAAUGGAAGGAAAAAAGAAAUUGCUUAUUGCAUCCCACAGAUUGAAUCAAUUCUUGAGAAAAUUCGAUGAAGUGAUUGUGGCUCGCCAACUUACGAAAUCAGACAUGGCAUCCGGAUGGGCUGUACAAGAGAGCAGCAUUUCAUUGGAUGGUUACACAUUAACAGAAAUUGCUGCCGUAUGCUACAGGCAACAACCAGAAAGUACUGAACCUAGAUCAAUAAACAACCAGGAUCAAGCAGCAUACUUUGCUGUUCUUGGACACAUUAGAAUUUCAGCUUCGGUAGAAAACACAGUAUUUCCACCAUCAACUUCCUGGAUCGUCGAGAGUCAGGAUGUCAAAUGGGGAGGUUCCGAAGGUUCAAAAACCGUUAGUCUUAAAAUCAGCUGGAAACUGAAAGACGGAAAGAAUACCCUUUUCCCAAGAUACAAUAUCUAUGUUGAGAAACUAACAAAACAAGAAGUGAGGCCCCUAGGAAGAAAGCUAGGAAAUCUCUCCCUAGCUCCUUCUUAUGCACUGAAUGGUAAAUCGAUGAAUUCUGAAACAGAAGGUGAAGGGGAGUACAUUGGAGCAGCACAAAUUGAAUCCUUUUAUGUAUCCAACUUGAUCAUCCCUUUUGCCACUUCAAGCCUCAAAUAUAUCAUUCAACCAUGUGAUUCUAGUGGUGCCAGCCAGGAUGUCGAUGAUGCCCCAUUUUUACCACUCAAUGUUGAAGGUCAAUGAACAGUUCUGCUCCUCAGCGUUAGUCUUGAUUUAGAAAAAGAAAAAGAAAAGAAAAAAACUGGCUCACUUUGAGAAUAUAUGAGCCUUCACUAGCCAAUUAUUAUUUUCAUGUAUCAUAAUUGUGUUUAGAACCUUAAUAUUUAAAUAAUUUGACAUGUUAAUCUGGUUAUAUGCACAUUUAUAUACCAUGUUCUACA